GGGGGCGUGGCUGGGGCGGGGCGGGCGGUGGCGGUGCCGAGAGGAGCUCGUCCAGCAUGGCAGCGGCCGCCCGGCGGGACCCCGGAGCCCCCGGCGGGGAGAAGCGGAUCAUGUGCGUGGGGCUGGUGUGUCUGGACAUCAUCAGCGUGGUGGAGGCGUUCCCGGCCGAGGACUCGGACACCAGGUGCGUGUCGCAGCGGUGGCAGCGCGGCGGGAACGCCUCCAACUCCUGCACGGUGCUGGCGCUGCUGGGAGCCCCCUGCGCCUUCAUGGGCUCGCUGGCCCCCGGACACGCCGCCGACUUCGUCCUGGACGACCUGCGGCGCUACGGGGUGGACGUGGGGCACACGGUGCCGCAGCCCGGCGGUUCCCUGCCCACCUCUGUCGUCAUCGCCAGCACCAGCCGCGGCACCCGCACCAUCUUGCACGCCCACGGGAACCUGCCCGACGUGACAGCCCGCGACUUCGAGCGGGUCGACCUCUCCCAGUACAAGUGGAUCCACUGGGAGGCGCGGAACGCGGAGGAGCAGGCGGCGAUGAUCCGGCGGGUGGAGCGGCACAACCGCGCCCGGCCGGCGGGCGAGCGCGUCCGCAUCUCGGUGGAGGUGGAGAAGCCGCGGGAGGAGCUGCUGCCGCUGCUGGGCCUGGGACAUGUGGUGUUCAUCAGCAAGGACCUGGCCCAGCACUUCGGGUACCGCUCGGCCCCCGAGGCGCUGCGGGGCCUGCACGACCGCGUCCAGCCAGGGGCCACGCUGAUCUGCGCCUGGGCUGAGGAGGGGGCUGAUGCCGUGGGGCCCAGCGGGGAGCUGGUGCACUCGGACGCCUUCCCCCCAGAGACCCUCGUGGACACACUGGGGGCCGGGGACACCUUCAACGCCGCCGUCAUCUUCGCGCUCUCAGCAGGGAGGAGCCUGCAGGACGCCCUCACCUUUGGCUGCCAGGUUGCGGGCAAGAAGUGUGGGAUCCAGGGCUACGACGGCAUCGUCUGAGCCGAGCGCCCCGCGCCAGGACACGCCGCGCCCCGGGGCACAGCACCCCCUGCUGCACCAGCACCCGCUGCCGCCAAUAAACCCCGCACUGCUUCCCGCAGCCCGGCUGUGCCCGGCGCCCCCGGCCAGGGGCUGCACUGACCGCAGCCGGGUGAGGGCAGCAAUGUAUUUCUCCGUCCCACCACGUCA